GGAGCCGAGUGGACGUCACGUACGGCCGGAAGCGGUCGCAAAUUUGAACACCCGUCACAGCAACAAUAAACGCGCACUUUCACUUUACGGUGCAAACCAACAGAAGUAGUCAACGCUGAAGGCACCAAUAUGGAAGAAGAAAUUAUAGAUCAAGGAGAUCCUGUGAGCAAUGAAGGGGAGGCCUGUGUAGACAGACCAGUGAAAAGGGGAAGGGGGAGACCACAAGGCUCCAAGAAGCUGAAUGUUCCUGUUGCAGAUGUUAACUUAAUGGAGGUAGCUUCCAACAGUGACACACAACCACAGAGGGGAAGAGGGCGUCCAAAACUUUAUGCCACAAAACAGACAGAGCAGCAAGGAUCGGGAGACAACCACGCUGACAAUUCAGUACAAACUCACAGAGGCCGAGGCAGGCCAAAAGGGUCCAAAAUUCAGGCCACUGAUGAAGACAGGAUAGAACAUUCUCCUAAAAAAAGAGGCAGGCCACGAAAGUCUGUCACAGACGAGGAGGCUCCUGCUAAGGGCUUACCGAAUGGUGGCUCUGAUACACCAAAAAGAGGACGACCGAAAGGAUUGGUAAAGCGCAAGUCAGAGAGUUUAACAAGUGGGGAAGAGGAUGAAUGCAGCCCUGUAAUGCCCAGGAAAAGAGGUCGACCGAAGGGCUCUCUCAAUAAGAAAUCGAGGCUAGAGAGUGAGCUUGGCAUUGAGGGGAUCCUAGAUCUAGAUGAGAGUCUAAACUCAGACAGAAGAAGGCGGCUCCGGAAAGUGGAGGUGUAUAACACCAUGGAGGAUACAUCGAAUGGCAUCUCUAAUAUGCCUCGGAGAGGAAGGGGAAGGCCAAGAAAAAGUAUUGAACAGAAAGAACUGGUCACAGAUGGCUCCCAACCCUUAAAGAGGGGACGAGGGCGGCCUAAAGGCUCUUUAAACAAGAAACCUCCUGCAUAUAAGGUCCACGGUAAAGUAGGCCGGCCUCGAAAAGUACACGUCCUGCACAUGAGCGGAAGAAAACGUGGUCGACCACGACAAAAACAACCAAACAAAAGGGGAAGGCCAAGGAAGUACCCCCUGCCAUCACCUGAGGAGAAGAAAAAGCCAAAAGUGUGGAAGCCCCUGGGAAGACCGAGGAAAUACCCUCGGGUGGAUCCUCCAGAGGGAGCUCCACCACCCCCUCGCCGAGCCCGAGGUCGGCCUCGUAAGUCAGAAUCUAAGAAAGGCGCUCAUUUACGCAAGAACUUGCCUGCCACUCCAUCCACGCUGCACAAUGAACCUGUGAGAAAAAGGGGCCGUCCUCCGAAUACUGGAAAAAGCCAAGGUGACUUCCCGCGGAAAAGGGGUCGCCCUAAAGGUUCAGUCAACAAAAAUAAGGCCAGAAGUGAAACACUCCCCAACCACUCAAAAGCAAUGAGCAGUUUGCCUGCAGUUGGGGUGGAAAAUGAAGCGGGGCUGGUAGAAGAGGAGAUGGAGCACAACACAGCGAUGCUGCCCAUCCAGCAUGCGGGCGCUACCGAAGCAACUCUCAUCGAUCAGGACGUAACCUUCGAUGUUAGCAACCAGGCUUGAUGAACAAUCCUGGUCUGACCAAAAAAAAGUUGCUGUAGUAAUUGCUGUUUAAAACAUAGAAUCCGUUCAUGUCAACCGAAACAUGUUUUUAACAUUUUUGCCAUCAGUUAGGCUAGACAUCCAGCAGCUCUUCUUUUUUUUCUGACUUGUCCAUCUUGUUUUUAUUGUACUUUGUUUAUUUGUUUGUUUGUUUGUUUUAAAAAAUGCUUUUAUUUCUGUCAUCUGAGUAAACAAAUGUACUAAUAAUCUUUUACUAGAGCUGGCAUGUGGAGGUAAUUCUUAUAGACUGAUUGUUCCAGUUUACAUUCAGCUUUCAGAUGUAGUGUUUGUGUAGUUGUUACUGUAAGAAGGAUGUCUGGGGAAUAACUUAGAAGCAGGAUGAAAGUCAGAAUAAAUGUUAGGAAGAUUAAAAGACGAAGAAAACUAUAAAAAAGCUUUCAUAUGACGAUGCAGUUUCUCAUUAAGCCUAAAUUCUGAAAAAAUGAAAUGUUUUCCAGGGAUUUGCUUUCCACAUUUAUGCCAUAAACUGACACACAAGUGCAGAGCAAAGCGAGCUCAGUCACACCUCCUACACUGAUAGUGCUCUGCUGUUCAAGUCCCGCCAGUGAACGACCAAGUGUGAUUUUUAUGACGGACAGAUUUAGUUUGUUGCCCCAAAUCCCAUUUAACUGGAUAAAUGUAAGCAGGAAGAUCAAUAUAAAUCUAAUAACAGUGAGCUAUUUGCCAAACAUUUUGAACAGCAUUGGAAGUUGGAUUUUUUUUCCCCUUGUUGUAUGCUUGAAGUUGCUGUAACAGAUAUUUUUUAUAAUAAACUGUUUGACAGUGUGAAAGCAGAAAUUUUAUAAGUGAAAUAUCACCUGAAACUAUACUCGACUUAUAAAGUCUUACUGUGGGUUUGCUCCAGUCUCACUGCUUUUCACCAAAGUUGACAGCCACUCAGCAAAAGAGUUACGUAAAGAGGGACCAACAUAAAGUGUGAUGGCACCAGUAGACUUAAGAAGGUUCUGGGUUUGCAUGUUCUCCCUGUCUUUGCAUGGGUUCUCUCUGUAUUACAGUUUCUUCCCACAUGUGCUGUAAGGUGACCUGUUGAGGGUGUACCCUGCCCUUCACCUUAUGACAGCUAGGAUAGCCUCCAGCCCCCCACCCUUCCCCAUCUCAGCCCCGAUCCAGAAUUUGAUAAGCAGCUAAGCAAACGGAUACAUAGACCAAGAUGAAGGCGUUAGGCCUAUCUGUGCCACUAGAACAGCUUUGGUGAGGAGACCUUUUCCUUUUAAAGUCUUGCAAAUUUUAUCUUGCAACUUCAAAGUUGUUGCACCCUUAUCUCCAUUUUUCAUUGCUUGCCUAGGCUUCUGAUUGGUCUGUAUUCUAUAUGGUUUGGUUACAUUUCCUCUUGCUGGGAUGCUGUUUUUAGCAGCUUAUGCCAUAGCGAGGCAUCCUUCCAUCCACAGUUCACAAGAAUCCCUACUUCUCCCAAAAAAUGAUCAGAACAUAAUCAAACUCAGCACCUAAUUUAUGGUCAGGGUCUCAUUUGUCAAUUUACAGGCAUUAACCUGUGAAUUGUGAUGGAAUGUAAACCAGAUGAGUUACUGUGUCAUUGAUGUUCUGGUUUGUGUUUCUGGAUGGAGAUAUUUUUUCAAAACAGUGCUCAUGUGGAUGGGAUUUUUUUUUUUUCUUUAAUCUUUAAAAUUAAAAAAAUACCAGAGUACAUACGGCUAAAGCCACAGUGCACAUCUGUGGAAGCAUUUGUUUUUUUACACUCAUUUAUUUGGAUUUUUCCCUUUAAUUUGUCACCCAUGUGCAAUUCUCUCACUCACUGGUACCAGACAGCAGCUAAAAGGAAGUGUAUCCUUGAUUUAAAUUGGCAAUAUGGUUAGAAAUCCAACUUGGAAUGUACUGGAUUAUUAAAAAAAUGACUUGGUAAAGAGUUUAAUUUAACUUUGUGUCAAUGUUGUGUUCUUUUGUUUUGUUUUGUUUUUUUUGGGGGGGGGGGGUUGGCCCUUUUCUGGUCAAAAAUAUCAGCUGUAGCAGGUUUAAGCCACACUCUGAGAUAUAUGAAGUUAUUCAAACAGAAAUGCUUAAUAAAGCAGAAAAUAUUUGGUGAGAUUAAAUUCUUAGCCAUUUGUGUUACUGCAAUUGUUGAUGUGAUUAUAAAGACUAAUUCAAUGUCUUUUUUUUUAAAAUUUAUUUUGUCUUUUAUUAAACAAGGAAAACCUUACUGAAAAAUUCCCUCAAACACGGCCGGGUCUAUCUUAGAGAAGAGUUUACAGACUUGAGAGGAAAAUAAAGUCUAAAUGAUGUCAUGAUUUUCCUCUAUGCGGUUCCACAGUCAGUCAUGGCUUCUUAUUUGUUUUGCCUUAAUCGCUAAAGCUUUGAAUGUACCAUCUGUGCAUUCCUCAAGAAUUAAAACACCUUCCACCUCUAGGUGUACCAUUUUAGUCGUUUUACUUUCCUCUUGUUGCAGAUAUCAUUUCACUAAUUUUCUCAAAAUGUUAGUGUAGCUGUGAAAGCCUUUACUUUUUUAUGUUUUUAACUGUCGUGAGAUCAAAAUCCAGCUGUAUUGGAUUGAUUUUGCGAACACUGACUGACUUAUUUUGAUGACCUUGUAUAAAACUGUGUGACACAUACACCAUUCAUACUGAUUUUGUUUGGGUCAAAUAAUUGAAGUUUGUAAAUGCCGGAUUGUGCUUUUUUUUUUUGUGAGUCGCGAAGAAAGGAGGAGGUUUAAAAAAAAAAGAAAAAAAAUAAUCCCAGCAAAAUAUGACCUGCCUUUGUGAAAUCAGAUCAUUUUAAGUGGAAAUUUGCAUUUUUUGUGUGUUUUAAACAAGCCGAUAAUUUGUGAGGUUAUGGUCGAGUUUAAAAUAAAAAUGUUGAU